AUGCACCCGCACCCGCGGCGACUCGCCCCGCUGUCGGCGGCACUGUCGCUGCUGGUCGUCUCGGCCGCGUCGCUCAAGUGCGACGGCGGCGACGUCAGCUUCGAACUGCUCACCGGGUACGCGGCCAGUCCGGCGGCCAAGCACGCGAUGCGCGAACAGUUGGCCCUGUUCACGUUGCCGCAGUGCAUAGACGCCUGCAGGUCGGACGACCAAUGCGCCGCCGUCACGUACGAGACCGGCGCCUGCGUGUCGUACGCCGCGGUGCCGCAGAAGAACGCCAACUCGGAUUUUCCAUUGAAACGAUCGCAUUACUCAACACACACCGCAACAGUCGCUCGGAAAAUAUGUGUCCGGACACCGAAGUCGUGUAAUCAACGGUCGUGGAGUUUCGAUACAAUUCACGGGGAACUGAAAGUUACUUCCAGACAACAUUUCAAAGCUAUUUCACGGUCUGGUUGUAUGGACAAGUGUUUAAAUGAGAAGAGCUUCCAAUGCAGGUCCGUCAACUUCAACAAGGAGACCGGCGACUGUUACUUGAACGACGUGGACCAGUUCACGGUGUCCGGACGCCCGCCGAUCAGCAACCGGUCGGCCGACGUCGUGGACUACAUGGAGUCCAAUUGCGUGGUCGAGCAACCGAAGAUGUGCGACUUCGCUGAGGUCGGCGGGAAGCUGCUGAGGACGGUGGACGCCAUCUACGAGAACGUCGCCACCGCGGACCGGUGCAAGGAGAUCUGCCUGUCGUCCAAAGAGUUCCAGUGCCGUUCGUUCGACUACAACGAAACGGGCGUGAACGUGUGCCGCGUCUCGCACCACAGCACGUCCAGCCUGUCGCAGCAGCAGCUGGACCACCGCCCUUACCUGACGGUGGCCGGUGCCACCACUUACCAGAUGUCGUCGUGCUUCAGCGUGAAGAUCGACUGCCGCGGCGCGGAUAUGGUCGCGUCUGUGCAUACCAACCGGCUGUUCGACGGCAAGGUGUACGCCAAGAACCGGCCCAAUUCUUGCGUCAAUGACGUGAAGAGCACGCUGGACUUCGACUUGCGGUUGGACUACCACAGCCCGAAUUGCGACGUCCGGCAGGACCAACCCGGCAAGUUUUUCACCGAAAUCAUUAUACAGCACCACGAUCAGAUCGUCACGGGCCAGGACAUUGGGUUGUCGGUGCGGUGUUCGUAUGACCUGCAAAACCGGAGCGUGGGCCAGGGAAUUGAGCUGGCAAUGGCACCGGCCGUGGAAUCCGAUGACGACGUGGAGUCGGACGCGGCCGACAAAAACGGCGGCGGCGGCGGAGUCAGUGGCAACGGCGUAGAAGAAACGGCGUUUGUGAUCUCACCCACAGUGAUGAUGAGGAUCACGAACCGGGCGGGUGGCGACAUACACGCUGCGCAGGUGGGUGACCCGCUCAGCCUCCGAUUCCAUAUACUCGACGACCGUUCGCCGUAUGAGAUAUUCGUCCGGGAGCUGAUCGCCCUGGACGGCGUGGACACCAGCGAGAUACUGCUCAUCGAUGCCGACGGUUGUCCCACGGAUCCGGCAAUCAUGGGACCGAUAUCGGCCGUAGACACGGGUGGCGGCGGCACCGUCAAGAUACUGGAGGCGCCGUUCGACGCCUUCAAGUUCCCCACGUCCGACAUCGUUCAGUUCAAGGCACUGGUCACGCCAUGCUUGCCAAAGUGCGAGCCCAUCAACUGCAACGUGGUGGGUCACAACGGCGCGGUGCGUCGGGCCGACUCCUUUGGAAGGCGGCGCCGCAGACGUAGCGCCGGCGGCGGCAACCAGACCGAAGAAGUGGUCUUCCAGGAGAUCCGCAUCGAGGACAAGUUCAAAUUCGAAGCGCAACGGGGCGAUCCCGGUCACGAGAUCAACUUCUCCGGCAGCAGCGGCACCGUCACCUCCACCAACGCCGCGAGCGACCAUCAGAACACGUACUGGAACACGUACGCGUUCGCCCUGGUGCUGGUCGCGUUCGUCGUGCUCCAGCUGUUCGUCAUAUUCGUGUGUUGGCUGUGCGUGACGUACAGGUCGCGGGGCAACCGCGAGGACGCCUCCAUUUACGAGUCGGCCGUCAGCGAGUACGCUUCCACCGUCCGGACACCGAUAUCCUGGGACAACAGUUAUUAUAAAUGAUUCUCGGCCGUCGGACCUAACCGAAUUGCCGACUAUACGGUAUAUCAUACAGUCGCACUGUAUCGUAUAUGUAUACUAUUAUGUAUUAUAAAUAGGUAAGGCGUAUGCCACCGGUGACUGUGUGUCUCGGACAGUCGAAACCACCGGAAACUCGUCCACACAUAGGUUACGCAUUAUUAUUAUGUCACUUAUCGGUGUAAAAUAUUAAAUUAAAUCGCACCAGCAGAUCCUUAACGCCGUGUUGGGCGGCGGUAGAGCCGGCGGUGAUCGGACACUGCACCACGGGCAGUGACGGGGUCAACACCGCACGGCAACGGCACAAUAAUUCGUCCUCUAUAUUGUAUACAUUAUAUAUUAUGCAUUAGGUAUAUCACAAAUUGUUAUUUAUUAUAUUUGGGAAUUUUCUCGGUGGUUGAUAUCUGAUACGGAUAUAUAUACCCGCACGCUUUAUUACGAAUAUAUAUUAUCACAAUAUCAAUAAUGAUUCAUAAAGAUUAAGGUUUUUUUUAUCAUUUGAUGGACGUGAUUAUUGUGUUUAUUCUCUCACCAUUUGACUGUCCCCCCUUGUAGAGUAUACGCGAGAAAAAAAUUUCAUGACUCCCUCUCAACACUGCGAUAUCAAAUUUUUUUCAUAUUUUUCUAAUUUAAUAUUCAAAAAUAAACAUAAUAUGAGUAAGAAGGCGUUUUGCACGUCUCGUACGAACGUAGGAAAUGUUGUAUUUGGUUUUGAAUUAGUAUUUAAAUAUUAUUCAAUUUUAUUAAAAGGCAUAAUCUUAAGUAAAGUUAAAUAGAUUUUCGAGUUACUUCUUACUAUCUGAGUUAUUAUUAUUUAUUUGUAAAUAAUAAACUACAGUGGUCGUGUGUACAGGGAUGAGUACUUUAUCCGUGUAAGUGUUAUUUAUCCCAUUUCUUAAUAAUGCAAAAUUGUUAUUACUAUCGUAAUAAUAUUAUUAGGUAGUUCUCUUAAUAAUUUCAUUAAAAACUUAUAAACUUCCGAGUUCUGAAUUAUUUAUUUUUACUUGUUUUGUAACACCAUUGCAGAUAUUAGCUACCUACAGAUAUUAUAUAAUAGGUUUCUAUUUUGGACUAAAUUGAAAUUUUUUCGUAAGUUUGAGUACGAGUAGCAUAGACUUCUAUGUCCUUAAUAUUGCCCGAGAUAAUUUUUGUAAUAUGUAUUAGGCAUUUGCAUGAUAAUGCCUGGCAUACUGUACUAAAUGCACCUAAUAUAUUAAUUAAAAAAUAUUUGAUAAAUAUUGUUGAAAUAUUCGCAAACGAUAAAGCUGAGUUUUAGUUUCGUUUUUUACUUUUAUAAGACUAUAAUAUACUUAUUUACUAGGUAUUAAACUAGAUAAUUAUGUAUAACUUAAAUGUUAUAAAAAUUUAUAUAUCUUAUGAAAUAAAUUCACAAACAAUAGUUUAAUCUAAUCUCCAAAAUAUCAGGUUUAGGCUUACUAUAUUUAUUAUAAUAACGUAAAUAAUACUUAGUUAAUUUAUUGAUUUUUACCUAAUAUAAAAUAUACCUAAACGUAUUCAAUCUACAUCAUAUCUAUAGUUCACUCAUAAAUUAUCAUAAGACAUAAAUGGAUAUCACUUGAGAUAAAAACGUUAAAUAAUGGAUAUUUAAAUACGCAAAUACGUAUGAAACUAGUCAAUAAAUUAUUCAUAAAAAAUAGUUGAUUAAAUCAUCAUUUAUAUAAACUGUACUAUGACAAUCAGUGCCGUACCCAGGAUUUGUUUUCGGGGUGGGCUUAAACAUUCAUGCUUGACUCUAAAGAAAAAUAGGAAAUAAUUAAAAAACAUAUACUAGGGCGAGUAGUUUAUGAGUUAUACGUAUUUAAAGUUUAGAUAAGCGUGAAGCGGAGUAGUGGACAAACAUUUUGCGGGGUAACCCCGUUCCACUCCACUCCGAGCAUCCAAACUUUAAAUACUUAUAACUCAUAAACUACUCGCCGCAAAUGUAUCAAAUUACUUAGAACAUUUUUCUGCUUUUGAUUAAUUAAAACUCUAUAUUGCCGUUCAAAAAAGAAAAACUUAAAAAAAUAUCUAAAAAUAUAAUUUUUUAGAAAAACGUUGUUUUUUAACUAGAAACUAUGUAAAAAUCAAAAUUUGAAUAUACACAUAAUUUAAGCAUGCUUAAUAAAUCAUCUUGUAUAUACAUAUAUUAUUUAAAAUAAAAGAUUUCGGGGUGGGCUUAAGCUCAAAAGCCCCUCCCCCUGGAUACGGCACUGAUGACAAUCUAUAAUAUUAUUUAUAUGUUUUAUAAAAUCCUUUAAAACAAUCUAGUAGGGUUUUAAUUAUUUAUUUUAUUGUACUUACCUAUUAAUAAUUAUUGAUUUUGUAUUAUACGUAAUUAUUUUUUUUAAACAUUUAAAUAAGAUUCAAGUAAUAAAUGCUAACACUUAAUAUAUAGUUUUAUGAAACUUAAUAUUAUAGAACUCAGUUUUAACGUAGAAAUGCUUUUAUUGUUGUCGAAAUGAACUAUUACUAAAUCUAAUUUAUAAUUAGUCCUAGUUAUAGGUAUGUAUGUAUAAUUUAUUUAUUUAUUCAUUUAUUUAUGUACUAAGAACAAUUAUCGAUGUCUAUAAAAUUGUAAAGUAUUUAUUUAAAUGGGUAGUAUCUAUAUUAUUAAAUUAUAAUGAACUUUGUAUGGUUCGUGGUACCUAAAUUGGUUAAAUAUUUAAGGGUGAUAACUAAUAAUAAUUGAAUA